AUGUCCUUGAUGGUUCAAGUCAGAGUUCCCAAUCUGGAUUGUGAGGGCCGUGCUUCCAAGUUAAAGAAAGCUCUCUCAAAGCUCAAAGGGGUUGAAGAAGUGGAAGUAGAAAUGGAGAUCCAAAAAGUCACAGUACGAGGCUAUGCCCUGGAAGAGAAGAAGGUGCUGAAAGCCGUUAAACGGGAGGAGGCGUGGCCGUUUCCGGGAUACUCCCACUACGCAUCGUUUUACAAGUAUCCAUCUUAUAUAGUGAACCAUUACUAUGACUACUACAAGAGUGAAGGUUCCAUUAAUGGUGUUCACACUUUCUUCCAUACACCAGCUCUUUACUCUGUUGCUGUUGCUUCCGAUGAGGCUGUUGCCUCACUUUUCAACGACGAUAAUCCACAUGCUUACUCUAUCAUAUGA